AUGACUUCGCCUCUGCCACCACUUCGCAGAGUGGUGACCUACCACAACAAUGCCGGCAAAGGCUUCGUAGCAGCUCAAAACGAGAUCGCGGCUGAGAUGAUGCCACACGGGGUGGCAAGUUCUGUCAUAUGGGCCACAAAGUCUCAUCCAGCGCCAAUAAGCGAUCCAGGCGACAGCGCCAAGGCAGACGAUAUCGGGAUGGUCACACCAGGCUCAGUGGCGCGCAUCGUCGAUAUCCCACCACAUACUAAGGGUGGCCUUCACCGCACGAUAUCUCUGGACUAUAUAUUGGUGCUGGAGGGGUCGGUAACGCUUAGCUUGGACGACGGAUCUCGGACUGUGGUGAAGAAGGGCGAACUGGUCGUUCAGCAGGCGACGAUGCACGGCUGGGACAAUGAGAGCGAUGAGUGGGCCAGAAUAUUCUGUGUCAUGCUCCAAGCCAAGAGCCCUGUCAUAAACGGCGUACAGCUGGAGGAGGACUUGACUCAGCUAUGA